AUUUGUUUCGACUUUCGAUACUAUCCUACUAUCCUGACUAUCCAACGAAAAGUUUCUUUGUUUUGCGUAAAUACACAUUGAAUCCGAUGCAGGAUUGAAAUUAGCAAUGACGAUGGGUCAAUUUGAGAACGUAGGAGCCUUUAUACGGAGUUGCAAUGGGGCUACGUUGCGCUACGACCAAGCAUGUCUGGAAAUCAUUACAACGGAGCCAAUAAACUUUAAGAGCCAGUAUGAAGAAUGCCAGGGCUGUAAGUUGCUGCCGACUGAGCCCCUCACAAACUCGUCGUCUUACAUGUUAAAGACCUUAAGUCCCGUGCGCUACGCUAUCGAGAAUGGAAAUGGCCAGAUAUGCAAUGGUUCCUACCAGUUUCUCGAGUUUGGGCAGUACAGCAUCAACCUCACCGAGGUGACCAAGCAGCAAUGUCAGCCCCGGAUGACAGCGGAGCCAGACGCCGCCUCGCUGCCCAUCCUCACCGCUGUACUGAUCUUGCUGUCCAUGGCCACACUGUGGUAUGUGGUCAAGGGCAUCGGCAAGAGGAUCAUCGCUGGGAGAUUGUAUGCCAGAUACUUUGCUAGGGAAGACAACGAGUUGGGCUCCGAAACGCGCGUUCUUACUACAGAAGCGAGCGUGCCCCGCUCCCCGACUCGCUCGCGUCUGCGUUCGCUGGACAUCUUCCGCGGUGCUGCCAUUGCUCUGAUGAUUUUCGUAAACGCCGGCGGCGGCGGUUACGGCAUCUUCUCUCACUCGGUGUGGAACGGCCUCACGGUGGCCGACGUCGUGUUCCCCUGGUUCGCCUUCGCCAUGGGACAGGCGCUGGUGCUGUCCCUAAAUGCACGCUUGAGGACCUCUCUGCCCAGGAUCACAGCAUUACAACAGGUGGCCCUCCGAUCCCUUCUAAUGGCGAUGGCCGGCGUGGUUCUCGGCUCCGUGAACACCUCGUGGGCCGGGGUUCGACUCCCGGGCGUGCUGCAGCGCCUGGCUGCCAUGUACCUCAUCGUGGGGGCUCUGGAGUGCGCGUUCAUGAGGACCAGCCAGAAUAUUACACCUGGUCGUUCUCUGUUCCGUGACAUCGCGGCCGGUUGGCAACAGUGGCUCGCUACUCUCUCGCUUGUAGCAGUGCAGAUCUGCGUGACGCUAACCAUCCCCGCGCCGGGCUGCCCCCGCGGCUACGCCGGCCCCGGCGGCCUGCACCUGUCGGCCGAGGGCAGGAACCUCACCAACUGCACCGGCGGCAUCGCUGGAUACAUUGACCGAAUGGUGUUGGGCGAAGCCCACCUCCACAAAUACGGGACCUUCCGCGACAUAUACCACACCACCGUUCGCCACGACCCUGAGGGUCUCCUGGGGAUCUUAUCCGGUCUGCUGGUGGUCCAAGCCGGUGCCCACGCCACUAGGAUCAUGCUGGCUUACAACCAUGCCAGAGCUCGCAUAAUGCGCUGGGUAUUCUGGUCCCUGAUCUUCGGAGCUACCGGCGGCGCCCUCUGCAUGUUCUCCAAAAACGAUGGCCCGAUUCCGAUCAACAAGAACCUAUGGAGCGUCUCCUUCUGCCUGGUGACGGCCGCUACGGCGUUCAUGACGCAGGCCGUGUUGUAUUACGUGGUGGAUCUCAAGAUGAAGUGGGGCGGUCGUCCGCUGUAUUACGCCGGUCAAAACGCGCUGUUCCUCUACCUAGGCUCCGAGUUACUGAAGAAGCACUUCCCGCUCCACAUCCGCGUGCCGGCCGCCACGCACGCGCAGCUGCUCGCCACACACGCGUUCGCUAUGCUCGUGUGGAUCGCGGUCGCCAUAGCGCUGCACAGGAAGAGGAUCUUUAUCACGCUGUAAUAAGGUUGGAAGUUGAUUGGCGACGUUGGUUGGUUUUCAGUUUUAUUAUAGGGUAAUGAAUAAUGAUUGCGCGAUUUUAUCGCUCAUAGAAAGUUGAUUACUAUCGCGUUGUCGUGAAUUUAUCAGAAUGCACUAAGGUUGAUAUUGGGCUGUAGCCACGCGCGUCAGUUGGCGUUUUUGGCGGUCAAAGUGUUAAAAAGAUUGGAAAUGGAUUGAAAAAGAAUAUUUAUCCAGCCCUUUGCAUGUUUUCCUUUUUAUUUUAAUAAAUAUAUUGUUAUAAAAUGAAAUGUUUUCUUGUAUGAAACUGCAUAAUCAGUUAGUCAAUGAAAAUAUUGAUCGUACUGAGAACCAUCUUCUUAAACGUUCCAAUAUUUGACACCCUAAUUUCAAUGACAACCAAUUUGUUACCCUCGUUGAUUCACCGAAGGUGCCGACAGUCGGUCGACCAUUGGGGCAUCAUUGGGAGGUUAAAACUACCGAGCUAAGUCAUCUUGAAUCUUAAAUAAUAGUCAGUAAACACUCCUAGUAGAUUUUCUCACUAAAUAGCGUGGGUAUAUUAGAUAUCGCUUGCACACGAAAUUAAUCUUUAGUUAACUGUAAUAAGAUGCAUUAUUACUUGUAUAGAAACUGGAAAAGUUAAAGGUUUGAUUAACCGGACGGUCAGAUAUUUCUUUAAAUAUGUAAGCACUAGUACAGUAGCAUCAACAGGAGCGGGUGAAACAACGCGCCAAAAUUAUCUGUCAUCCUAGAAUACUUUUCCAAUAGGGAGAAUUAUGCAAUGUUCUGCCGCCAGGGUGCAGCACUAGCACAAACCGUAAACCAUAGAUUAACUUAUAUAUAAAACAAUUUUUGACAUGUUUUCACACAUUAUUUGUUACGAAUAAAUAUGACAUUGAUGCAUCAAGGCGGUUAGUUUACUGUUUGUGCUAGUGGCGCCCCCUACGCAGGAUUUUGUGUUAUGUUCCUUAUUAGAGAUAUAUCAGCAGUUUAGGGAUCAAAACUAUCUGUUAGUCCUAAAUAUCUGUUUUUUAAGUUAUUGGAGAAGGGUAGAUACUUUUGACGCGUAGUCUGUUUCGCUUCUUUUGAUGCUGAUGCUGACUGUACCAUGUUGCAUAUCGUCAGUACUUUGAGAAAAACUCGUAACUUAUUCUGUCCAUCCAAAGAAAAAUGUGGUAUCUACGUAUCAAUGAGAUGCAUACAGAGUUACUGCCUUUCAACUUUGAGUAGCAGUGAGAGAUAAAUAAAUAGAAAUACUUUAUUGUGCACUACAAAGAAAAAUACAUGUUACAAACAAAGACAGGACAUAAGUGAGUAGGUAACAACAGGCGGACUUAUCGCUAAAAAGCGAUCUCUUCCAGACAACCUUCAGAUAGCGAUUCAGUGGCUAGAAAUAAGUUAAUGGGUAGUGCAAAAUAACAAAGGUGUAAAGUAAAGAUAACAAGGAAGGAGUAGAUACAAGAUUUUUUCAAAGUAGUAACGAUAUGUGACGUUUUCAACCAAAAGGUACCACAUUGUCGCUUGUCUAUAAGGUUGAUUUCUAAUUGAAGCUAUAUGGAAAUAGCGCCUUACUGACAAGCGACAAUAAGUACCCUUUUGGUUGAAAAUGGCACAUAUAUGGACAUUAAAUUAAAUUAAACUUUAUUAUGAAUAACAGUUGACAGUUUAUAAAAACGACAGAAACUUACAUGGCCAUAUGUGCAACUGGAUGUAUAACUAUAAUAGCGUACUAACCUAUAAUAUAACCAUAUCAAUCUAUGAAUUAUAUUGACUUGUGUUUAUAUUUUGAUUUGCAUCUUUUCACCAAAUAAUGUAUUUUAGAAAAUAUGAAAUUUGUGAUAUUGAUAUGUAACUCAAUUAUUAUUAAUUAUUGUUAUUGUAGAAAUGCCAAAAUAAUAUUCUAAAUAUAUAUUAUACAUUGUAGUGCUUAUAAAAAUUAACACUUUUUUAACAGCAUUUGCAUUUAAAACUUUUCCUGUGACCGAUAUUUUUUAACUUACAGAAUGUUUUUGCUUAAAAUUGAAUAAAGCAUGCAAAGCAUGUAAUAGCAUGCUGCGUGCAUGUAAAGUUUUUUACAGUACAUCCGGUGCUCCGUUACGAAACCCUGUGCUAUAAUAAGCACAUUACGUAACUACGUCGAAAAUUUAAAGGGCCAUAUGUACUGUAAAAUGUUGUACGAUACACGUGCGAAUAGGUAAUUCGCCACUCUAUGCUGAUAUCGCACUUGUGUCGUAAAUCACUAUAAAGAAUUUUUAUACUAUAAAAUUAUAAAUGAGUAUAAAGUAAAAAUGUGUUUGGCCUCCAAUAUAAUUGAGGUUCAAAAACCGCUAGGAAACAUUCGUUGACUUUAUUACAUGCCUUGACUUUACGAAUGUUGUUCUAAGCAAAUACAUUAUUUUAUAUGAAAUAUUAUCGUUUCGAUAGCAGACGUAUUAAAAGAUGUUUUCACUUAACAAUACAUUACUUGUCUAGUUUAAAGUAAAAGUAACACUUUUAAAGUGAUUUUGAAAAUACAAUCUUAAGCUGUAUAAAUGUAUACAUAAAGGCGUGUAUAUUGUCUAGACUUUAAUAAAUUGCUUAUUGGUCCCAAAACUACUACACUUGUCCAUGAAACGUAAAAAAAUAUCGAACCAUAAGCAGUCAUUCUUACAACACAUAUUCAAAAGACGUCCCCCCUCCCCCACUCCCUUAAACUUUACUGUCAUCCAGACGCACCGAAGUGUCAAAACUGAAAUUGAACUUUAUGCAUAUGCAUGUAGGUCUAUGUUGCUCUGUCUGUCGAUUAAUCGGUUUUUAGCGUUGAACCUACGGUGCGUAUAUAUCGGUCAUUGGCGUCCAAAAGGUUAAUCGUCAAUCGGACAGUAAAAUAAACAUCGAUACUUGCAGCGGUCUGUGCUACUUACAGGCAUAGAGUAACUUAUACUAGAGCGGUACUGUCAUAGUAAAUUUUGUAACCCCAGUAAAUUCACUGCCAUCUGUCGACACACUUUAAAACUAAAAAUAAAUAUUUAUAAAAAUACGAUAAAAUGUAUUUAAAUAUGGAUAAAUGAUUUUUUUAUUUGCAUUAAUUAUUUUUAUAUGAUUUUGACCCAUGUUCUUUCACUGGUAUGCGUUAAAAUUAUAAAUAACAAACGAAACAGUCAACGCCCUCUAUACGAGUGUAGGCCAAAACUAGUGGCGCCAUCUGAUCGAGAAUCAAAUUUUCGUGAUUUUCGAGGCAAGUUUUUUCCUUAGACUGUAUCCAUCUAUUACGGAGUUAUAUCUAUCUUUGGUACAGGUCAAUUCUCAAGAGCUGCCACUAAUGGAACGAAUGAGUGAAUGAAAAUAUCUAUGUGUGUAUAACGCACCACGGUAUCCUACACUCGGUGACAGACAGAAAGAGGUGGCGGCAAAUUGUCCGAGAGAAGCUGCUCCCUAGAAGUGACCACGACCCUCAGUGAUGAGGAAACCGAUGCACGGAGGAGGAGUAUCACAUUAAUCAAUAAAAGGGCGGCUCGGACUGUAUACCGAUACGUGUGUCACUCAUACAAUGAAUGUUUCGGUCAUUCCAUUCGUGCCAGCUUUCGUGAAACGACCAGACCGUUGGCGACAAAAGUUAAACAUUCGUAAGUCUUAUUCUAGGUCUACUAUUAGGUACACUUUUUUAAUGGGUUCGUUUAUACUUUUAUAUUAUUUGGGCAUUUUUGUAUCCGCUCACAUUGCUCGCAUGUGUGCGUAGCAUACGCCGCAGUGGAUUAUAAUAGAAUAUCAUGCAUAGUAG